CGCCUCUUCGAUUUCGAUAGAGUUCACGCUUGCAGCGGCCAGCCGUCAAUGCGAACCACCAUCCAGAGGCUCUUCUCCGCCUCCCUCUCACGCACACGGCCCUUCACCGUUCUCGCCAUCGAGACCUCUGCGGACGACACUGGCGCAGCCAUCCUCACAUCCAAUCGCGACAUCCUCUCCAAUGUCGUGGUGAAGCAAAACGCGCUGCAUGAGCAGUGGGGCGGUAUACAUCCUUAUGUCGCCGUCCAAGCUCAUCAGGCCAACUUGCCAGGUGCGAUCCGGCGAGCGUUGGACGAGGCAAAUAUGCAAGUCGCCGACGUCGACGGUAUCGCGUACACGCGAGGUCCAGGCAUGACAGGAUGUCUCGGUAUAGGCGCCGCAUCUGCCAAAGCCCUGUCCAGCGCACUCAACAAACCUCUCGUCGGUGUGCAUCACAUGCAAGCCCACGCUCUGACCGCUUCUCUCACAUCCCCGCCACACCAACGCCCCAUCUUUCCCUACCUCACCCUCCUCAUCUCCGGCGGCCACACCAUGCUCCUCCUCUCUCAUUCGACCACAUCCUUCCGUAUCCUAGCGAACACGCCGGACGAGAGCAUAGGACGCGUCUUUGAUAAAGUCUCGCGUAUGCUCCAGCUUCCUUGGUCAACUUAUGGCCCGGGUGCCGCUCUCGAGGAUUUCUGUCUCACCGGCCCAUCUGAGCCCGCCGAAGACCAUUCAGCCAGAGAUAGAGAUGCAGAUGAAGCUGGAAUACCGCAACUGUCCGUUCCAGCGCCUAAUAGACUGAUGUUCUCCUACUCGGGCCUACACAGCGCCGUCGAACGGUUCAUUACCUCCAAGGGCGGAGCCGACCACAUCGACGAAAGCACGAAGAGGGCGUUGGCCAGGCGGUUCCAGAAGGUCGCUUUUGACCAGAUCGUGGAGAAGGUGCUGUUGGGGCUGAGGAGGUGUCAUAAGGCGGGGAUUGAGGUGGGGCAUUUGGUUGUGAGUGGGGGCGUGGCGAGUAAUCGGAAUUUGAGGGAAAGACUGCUGGACAUCACGAAACGCUCCGCUGAAUGGCGUGGCGAGACAAAACCUAUGCAACUCGUAUUCCCUCCGCCACAUCUAUGCACAGACAACGCGGUGAUGAUUGGGUGGGCGUCCAUGGACCGUUUCUUGGCGGGGGACUACGACACAGAUUAUUCGUUGCCUAUACAGUCGAAAUGGAGCCUCGAGGAUCUAUCGGACGAGCCAUUACCGCCGUUUUGGGACGAGGAGCUUGUAAUUGCUGAUCAGGGUUCAAAAGCCUCAGCCGCAGAAGUCGAUUGAGAGUGCUCAGAGUCAGACGAUCACGCUCACCCGCAAAUUUAUUAUACAUUCGCCGUAAUCACUGUAGUAGUCAUGCUAAUAACACCU